AUGAAAGUAGCCAUAGAAGGAUGUGCUCAUGGUGAGCUAGAAAAAAUAUAUGAUUCAAUUCAAUUUCUUGAAAAUAAAGAAAAUACAAAAAUUGAUUUGUUAAUAUGCUGUGGUGACUUUCAAUCAACUAGAAAUAUUGCCGAUUUACGAUGUAUGGCAUGUCCAAUUAAGUAUCAGAGUAUUUGUACAUUCUAUAAAUACUACAGUGGUGAAAAAAUUGCUCCUAUUUUAACAAUAUUCAUUGGUGGUAAUCAUGAAGCAUCAAAUUAUUUACAAGAACUACCGUAUGGUGGAUGGGUAGCACCAAAUAUCUAUUAUUUGGGCUACGCAGGUGUGAUAAAUGUUGGUGGUAUUCGAAUUGGUGGCAUUUCUGGUAUUUAUAAAGGACACGACUUUUUACGUGGUCAUUUUGAGCAUUCACCGUAUACAGAAGAGACAAAACGAAGUGUGUAUCAUAUACGUAAUUUAGAAGUGUAUCGUUUAAAACAAUUAUCUGGUAAAAUUGAUGUAUUUCUAUCACAUGAUUGGCCUCGAGGUGUUUAUCAUUACGGAAAUGUUGAUGAAUUAUUAAAAUUUAAACCAUAUUUUAGGGACGAUAUAUUUGAGAAUAAACUUGGAAGCAAACCGUGCGAAGAUUUAUUACAUCAUUUACAACCAAGUUAUUGGUUUGCAGCACAUUUACAUUGUAAAUUUGCUGCGUUAGUACCGCAUCAAAUUGAUAAAACCGACGAUGAGGGAAAUACAAUACGAAAAAAUACAAAAUUUUUAGCACUUGACAAAUGUUUACCAAAACGUAAAUUUUUACAAAUUGUUGAUAUACCAUGUGAACAAGAUGCAACGAAAAAAUAUGAUUUAUCAUAUGAUUUAGAAUGGUUAACUAUUUUACAAUUAACGAAUCAUUUAUUAAAUAUUAAAUCGCAAUAUCAAUAUAUGCCGGAUGCAAAUACUUCUUCAAAAGAACGGUCAAAUUUUACACCAACCAACGAAGAAAAACAAACGAUAUUAGAAAAAUUUAGUAAAAAUUUAAUAAUUCCAUUAAAUUUUCAACAAACUGCUGAACCAUAUAAUCCGAAUUCAUCAACAGAUUCAAAUCAUAGGAUACAAAUGCCAAAUGCACAAACAAAUAAACAAACUGAAGAAUUUUGUGCAAAAUUGGGGAUUGAUGAUCCAUUACAUUUAGUUUUAUUAAAUAAUAGUAAUAAUGAUAAUAAUUUAACAGAUAAUUCUUCAUUACCAAAUUAUUUAACACCUGAACGUAAAACGAAUCAAUCCUAUAACGAUAACGAAAGUUCGUUAAUAUUUACCCCCUCAUCAGUUGAACGAAAUUCAAUCAAAAGACUUAGUUUACCGGCGCCAAAAGAUGAUUCUGUAUCAAUUGAUAAAAAUGAUGAGAGUGAAUCAAAAAAUUCUAAUGAAAUAUCUAGUAUCGAUCAAGAAAUCGAUAAUAGUAAGGGUAAUAGUUUUAAUCAAAAAUCAAAUGAUUGCAAUCCAAGUGAUUUAAAUCCGUCACCACAGCCAACGAAAAAAUUUAAACGGAGAAAUGCAAGUCUUUAUGAAAAUUCAUGAAAAAUAAUUUAGGUUUUAUCUUGAAUAAGUAGUCGUCAAUAAUUAUUUUUUCUAAAUAGUUUUGUAUUUUAUUUGUCGAAUUGUGUUUGUAAAUAAUUAAUUUUAUCAACAAAGUAUAAAUGACUUUACUCGAGAAUUCAAUUUGAUUUCAUUCUAUUCGAUA